AUGCUGCACGCUGUUGUGCCCAUUGGCGGCGCGGCCUUUGUCCACCCGUCCAUAUCUUCUCCAACGAGCGCAUCAGACUGUUUCACCUCACCCACCAGUCUUUCCUCCUCCUCCUCCUCUUCACACGAUGGAUGGGUCAACGAUCAAGCGCUUCGAACACCAGAGCAAGAACGAGAAGCGAAGGUAUACGCAGCAUCCGUCCUGGCCCACACGCGCGCAAUGUGGCAAGCAGAGAGGGACAACAUCGAAAGGGCAAAGUUGGAUCGCGGAAGCAGAUCUCCUCCCACUGGUGGUUUGAGCAGUCCUUUAGCCAAAAUUUCUCCACUGCCAGCUGCCUCGGCCGCUCCGCAAGUCAAACCUCCCGCACCUGCUGCCAAAUCUAGACACGCUAGGGCCAAGAGCGAGGGCGCGGGGCUGGGACUCUUUAGAAGUCUCACCACUGGACGUUCGAGACACAAUCAAAGAGCUUGA